AUGAAUAAGGCAGCGCUAAAAUCUAACAGUGACCCAGUCAAAACAUGUUGCAGCAGUUCAUUUACGCUCACUUUUGUUGUGGAACUUCUUGGUAUAGAUGUAUUUCACGAUUGCAAUGAAGGAUGGCUAGAUUUAGGACCUGGGCCUGUUCAAGGAAUGAAACUACAGUAUGUUUUGGCGCCUGGAUUUCUUUAUGAAGCAGAGAUUAUGAUUUGGCCUCACGUUGCUAAGGUAUGGUGUGGUAUCAACAGUGGAUGGGUUCGAACUUGGCACUUUUUACAAAGAAGAUGGCUGGCCUUCUCAAUUCGUCAUGUUUUGCCCGUAAGAGUAACAGACUACAGAUACUUUACUGCUACUGUAUCAGCUAACAUGGGUCUUGGAUAUCUUGGCACGAAUGCUAAAACUGAUAAAUCUACGGAAGUAUACCUGCCUAAGCUCUCUUUCGGAGAACGGCGACAGUUUGCUACAGUGUGCGAACAUGAAGUAGAAGAAAGCAUUUCGAAAUUUAUCUAUAAUUUAAUAUGGAGUUGUAUUGUUGCAUUUAUACCGGCUUCAAACAAUGACGGACCGAUGGAUAUUCCACACCCCGUAACAGACAAAAGACACCAAGACGCUGUACUAGAGCAUGUUCAGAAGACAAUUUUGAACCAAGCACUGCCAAAGGAAAUUGAAAAAGAGGAGGAUGUUGUCGAAAAAGCGCCAGCCCUUUAUCGUAAGUCUGAAAUCAAAUCAAAAGAAACAAAAGACAAAGAUAAGAAAAAUGUAGCAGUAGCACCGGUGAAGUUUGAGAUUACCUUGUCUGGAGAUGCGAUUAUAUCAGGUACAGGUAGAAUAGUGCCGUUCAAAAAUUCUGGCGAUAGACCACCAGAUCUUGGUGAGAUUAUAGUAUUGAUUGGGACCGCCAGUUUGCCAGCACGCGAUGACUUUCCAGUUGUGUUUGUUAAUUGUGGCAGACUCACAGAUAUACCUGUUGAAGAAUUAAAGAAACGCAAAAUAACACAGCUGUAUACCAAAUGGACAAUAAGUGACGAUGUACACUGUUCAAAGCCGCAAAACAUAAAAAAUGAGAUAGAUUUUGACGACCAACAUGCAGUACCGCUAAAAUUUGAAGUGGCUGGAGAUAUUUUAUCAUCGUUUCUGGAUAAUGCUUUUAAAAUUGAGAUUCGUGGCAUUAGACAAGUACCAUCGGUAACGGAGACAUCAUUAUUCGGUUACGCAAAGAAUGAUCAUGACUUUUACAGAUCUGUUCCGCCUAAGUUGCCAAACCAGGAUAAUGACAUCCUUAUUGCCAUUACAAAAAUUGAUGCGAGAUGUCUAUCAAAAUCAAUCAAUACAUUUAAAAGAGGAGAGUUUCCAAUAUAUCCACCUGAAAUAGUUUUGAUGCCAACAGAACGUGAAAAAAUUUGCACUAACGAUAUAAAUGCGGUUCGAGUACCAAUCAAGCCUGAUAUAAUCGUACCGGCAUACGUAAUAUUAAAAGCACAAAUGACAUUAGAAUCAUCUAUAGGUCUUGUUGGAUGCAAACCUCAUAAAGCACUCACAAAGUACUCCAGAUUAUAUUGUGUUCUUGAUGACUCUGAGGCAGUGAUGACAAUACUACGGCAUAUUACAGAAAUUAAUGAACAGAUGGUAGAGACGGGGUCAAGAAAUGAUUUGAUAACAGGAUUUGCAUUAGACACAGGAGAUAAAGUAAUGUUGUAUGUAGAAGGGCCAAGAGAUGGUCAAAUCUUACGUGUGUGGGACAUCACUGAGGAAUUUUAUCCUAAUGUGAAACCUGUCUUUUCGACUUCGGCUAAAUAUUGUAGUCGACUGUAUCCCGAGUUACUUAAAGCUGCAAUGCCUUUUAAUGUUUUGAAGAUGUUCGUACCACUGUCAGUUGUGCUGGCAUGCCCUCCAAUUUAUGCUCGUCCCGCACUACCACUGCCAACGCGUUUUGCAGUACUAAAAAUAGGCCGUCUUAUAGCAGGCAAGCUGUUAACUAGCCCUUGUUCCAGUGAAAUGCCAACAAGUGACGAGCUAAAAAGUUUCAGACUUGAGCUUUGUGUCGCACCUCGUCCGCCUCCUGUGAGUGUUCCUGUGUCCACACCUGUUAAGAUAGCCUCAUUUAUUAGUGAUCCAUCUGGGACAGCAGCCGUCCAAAAGAUCAACUGGGAAAAAAAUGACUAG